AUGGACACACAAGCAGGAAUAUCUCAGAAGGACAUCUAAUGUUAUCCCCGGAUUGUGACAUAAAAGAUAAUGACAGUAGACAGGAUUCUCCAGGAGAUAACCCCAUUACCCCAAUUAUACAUCCAGCUCUAUCAGCUGAUCCCUCUGAUCCUGGGAAAUGUUCUCCUGAUCACUCUGAUAUUGGUGCAUCUGUUACAGCUCUGACAGUAGAUAUAGUGUUUCCCUGUUCUAUAGAUGCCAAAUGUUUUACACAGAACACAAAGCCUAUUAACCCACACACAGGUAAGGUAGGUGAGAGGCCACUGAUAUGUUCAGAGUGUGGGAAAUGUUUUACAUACAAAUCAGAUCUUGUUAAACAUCAGAGAAGUCACACAGGUGAGAAGCCAUUUUCUUGCUCUGAGUGUGGGAAAUAUUUUACCUGGAAAUCAAAACUUGUUGCACAUCAGAGAAGUCACACAGGUGAGAGGCCAUUUCCAUGUUCUGAGUGUGGGAAAUGUUUUGCACACAAAUCAGAUCUUGUUAUACAUCACAGAAGUCACACAGGUGAGAAGCCAUUUUCUUGUUCUGAGUGCGGGAAAUGUUUUAUCCAGAAAUCAAAACUUGUUACACAUCAGAGAAGUCACACAGAUGAGAGGCCAUUUCCAUGUUUUGAGUGUGGGAAAUGUUUUGCAUGCAAAUCAGAUCUUGUUAUACAUCAGAGAAGUCACACAGGUGACAAGCCAUUUUCUUGCACUGAAUGCGGGAAAUGUUUUACAAAGAAAUCACAACUUGUUACACAUCAGCGAAGUCACACAGGUGAGUGGCCAUUUCCAUGUUCUGAUUGUGAGAAAUGUUUUGCACACAAAUCAGUUCUUGUUAAACAUCAGCGAAGUCACACAGGUGAGAAGCCAUUUCCAUGUUCUGUGUGUGGGAAAUGUUUUACACAGAAAUCACAUCUUGUUUUACAUCACAGAAGUCACACAGGUGAGAAGCCAUUUUCUUGCUCUGAGUGUGGGAAAUGUUUUACACAAAAAUCACAACUUGUUUCACAUCAGCGAAGUCACACAGGUGAGAAGCCAUUUCCAUGUUCUGAGAAAUAAAUUCACUCUUGUUGCAUGCAAUAGACAUCACUGAGGUGAGGAACCAUUUUAGUCUUCUGCAGUAUACUUCUUAUUGCCAUGCAUUGUUAUUAAAGGUUCUUAUCCUAUCUCC